AGAGAGAGAGAGAGGGGCUAGUGGAUGUAGCUCUAGCUGUGGGCCGGGGGGGAGAGCUACCUAGCCCGGGCUGCUCUGCCGAAACAUCCAUGGGUGGCUGUGUCGGGAGCCACCACGACUCCUCGGGCAGCUUAAACGAGAACUCGGACGGCACUGGAGUGGCUCUAGGGCGUAACCAGCCCCUGAAGAGAGAGCGGCCUAAAUGGAAAAGUGACUACCCGAUGACUGAAGGCCAGCUGCGUAGCAAGAGAGAUGAGUUCUGGGAUACGGCGCCAGCAUUCGAGGGCCGGAAGGAGAUCUGGGAUGCGCUGCGGGCUGCGGCCAGCGCCUUUGAGAGCAACGACCACCUGCUAGCUCAGGCCAUCCUGGAUGGGGCGAGCAUCACACUGCCGCACGGAGCUCUGACUGAAUGCUACGAUGAGCUGGGGAAUCGAUACCAGCUGCCAGUCUACUGCCUCUCUCCUCCCGUCAACAUGAUCGAGGAGCACUCUGAAGAGCCCGACGGUUCAGAUCCAGACUCUGGUGCAGCGGAUCCGUCCACGGGCAGCGCCAGCGAUCAAGGCUCAGGAGGGGAGUGCCAGCUGAGGCUCCGGCUCUCAACGGGCCGCGACCUCCGGCUGGCUGUUCGUUCUUCGGACACAGUGGGCAUGAUGAAACGUCGUCUACAGAGUCAGGAGGGCGUUCCUUCUCCGACCCAACGCUGGUUUUUCUCAGGUCGGCCUCUGACAGACAGGCUGCGCUUGGACCAACUCAACAUCUCCAGGGACUAUGUGGUGCAGGUGAUCCUCAGCCAGCCGCCACCGCUGGAGCCGCUGUCAACAGCAGGACACACACUAGAGGGCCCCGGGCCGGUGGCAGAGGAGGGAGUGGCUGCACUGCCGCAGGAGCCCACGCCUGUGGAGAACUAACUCUGCUCAGUCUGGCUCCCCGGAGGCAGGAGUACCAACAGGCUUCCUGUUUAAAAGGAGGACAACAAGGGAGAAAAAAGGAUGAAAGAUGAUUCUGGCUUUUCUUUUUAGAUUAGUUCUCUUCCCUCCUCUUCUCUUCUCUCCUCCUCUUCAUCCCUCCUUUUCUCCUCUUCAUCCCUUCUCUUCAUCCCUCCUUUUCUCCUCUUCAUCCCUUCUCUUCAUCCCUCCUUUUCUCCUCUUCAUCCCUUCUCUUCUCUUGAUUUCUCUCCUCUCAGUCUUUCUUUGUUGGCUGUCUGCUGGAGAAAAAAGACUCUUGAAUUGAGGAAAAACUCUUCCUUUUGGUUUACAUGUCGAAAUUUUGACCUUUUUGAAGUAUUUUUAACUGUUCCUAUGGAAACCAAACAACAAAGCAGAACUUUGUCGGAUGGCUCAAAGGGUUUUCUUAAGAACACUGAUGAUCGAAUGUUUCUGUUUCUAUUCAAGUUCUGCUCUCUGGUAAAGCUUAGAAUUCUGUUUAUGGGGCGACAGGGUUUAACAAUUAUUUCACGACAUACACUUUCAACCUGGACAUCUUACAAAGAAAGAAAUAUAGAUACUCAACAAUCACUCUUAGUUAUACUGAACAUGAAUCAAAUCCAGGCCAUUUCCUCACUCAGGAUCAAUGUCGGUAUGCUAACAGCUGGAAAGAAAGGUUGGUGCUGUUAAGCAAACAGAUGUGUCCUCAGUGUGGUCACAUCAGAGGCAUGACAACGUUUUACCAAGCUUUACUUCACUCUGCUUCAACAAUCAGAGCAAUCAUGUAAUACACAUCAAUUAGUCAGCCUAUCUCUGUGUGUGUGCGUGUGUGUGUGUGUGCGUGUGUGUGUGUGUGUGUGUGUGUGUGGGUGGGUGUUCAUAUAAGUUUAAGACACAGCCACACAUAUUCAUGUGGGAAAAGGAUGGCACUUCAGAAACACAGUUGCAUAUUUUGAUUAAAAAUAGUAGGUUUUUAAUUAAAAUUGAUCAUUGUUUCUAUUCCUCUUGUCUCUGUCUCAAUGUGUCCUCAGUGUUUUCACGUCUUGUUGUUGAAGUAAUAUGAUGCAUUAUAUUCUCUGGCAUAACAUUGCAACUAACAUAUUUUACAGUCUUUCUGUUUGUGGCUCUAAAUCAAUGUUAAAGGACUUCAACUAAUCAGUGCUUGCAAUUUUUUUUAUCUCAGGUUUAUAAAGAAGAGACGUAUAAUGCAGUGCAAAUAUGAAUUGUUUUAACUAUAAUGUAUUUGAUUUUGAUGUUUAUACUAUUAUACUAUACACAUUUCACUUAAAAAGAUCAGGCUAAGGUGAUGAUUUUCCUAUUUCACAAACUGCUGAUUUGCCUUUUUGGUCUAAUCUUAUCUUUGCGCAGAGUUGUUACAUCGUCAUAUUUGAAAACUGGAGUCAUAUCUGAACAGCUAGCCUGGCUCUGUCCACAUGGAGAGUGUACGGCUAAGCCUACACGCCCCUCUAACUCUAAUCUAUGAACAUGUUAUGUCUUCUUUACUUUGUACACAAACUUUUAAUGACUUUAAUUUGUGGUUUCAUAAGGAGUUGUGUGUCUUGUCGCACCACAACUCAUAAACUCACUGCCCUGACAAGGAAUGAUUUCUACACAUAACAGUGAGCUUUAAAAGUGCCAGUAAGUUUUCUUUUCUUUCUUUACAUUAGGUCAGAGUUGUUUUCCCCUGCUGCCAGUGUCUAUGUUAAGCUGAUCCUAAAUAACCAGCAUUCUUUUCUCAAGCUGUAGGAAAUCUAGUUAGACAAUAUAGUAAAAUGUAGAAGAAUUAUUCAUAUUGGUCAUAGCUAAUUUAAAGGUCAGGCAUUAUUUACAACUCACAGUACAACAGCUUCCCUUUUCCUUAUGAUUUCCUAUUUCCUUAUUUAAAUGUCCUUAUUUUAUUCACUAAUUUCAACAAGACAGUAGUGGAAAACUCCCCAAAAAACACAGAUGAAAAAACGCCUUGUAGUUAGAAGAAGCCACCACAAGUAAGCUUGUUUUUUUUGACAGAAGUGCUGCCAACUGGCAUUUCCCCGCAGGGGAACAAUAAGUGAACGUCAUGCGGCCCGUAAUAGAAUGAGGAAGAAAACCUGCGUGCUACCUGCUGCUAUUUGUCAGUCACACAAAGGUGUGUAAAAAGCUUUUGAGUUUUUGAUGAAGAAUGAGAGUACUUGACAAGCCAGGAUGCUUUUAAUUUGAAAAGUCAGGCUGCAGAGGAAGUGGUAGAAUACUUUUUAUUUAUAAGAAAUAAAAAAAUCCAUUUAACAAGAGUCCUUAGGCAAGACAGCAGCACCAAAGGUUUCAAACACACACACACACAAAAACUAAAGAGCAACUAAAGCAAGAAUGUACAAUAGGCAAUAAAAUGAGCAGUGUUCAGCAUUAAAACGUGCAUACACUGGUGAAAUGAUCAUUAAUGCUGGUUUUUAACCUCCCGAGCUAAACAGUCAGGUGUAAUGUGACCCUGUAGCUCUGAGACCAAGAAGACAGAGCAAAUACUUUAAAACUCUUUUGCCCAAAAACAGCAGGUUUGUUGAAUUUCAUACACAAUGUGCCCAUGAGCCCAAAUGUCACAGCUAGUGGCAGUUUCAGACAUCAGUAAUUAAUAAUAAUAUGGUCAGUGUGGCAUUAAGUCAUCAGUCCUCUUAAAAAACUUAUUAUAUGCUUAGGGUUUUUUUUCCGGGAAAUACCUGUGUGUUCAUACCUGCAAUGAUGCAAGGUUGCAGACUCAAAAUGUAUUUCUCUCUGUUUUGCAAAAAGGGAUCAGUAUGACACAUAGAAUCACAUUAAAGAUGGGCAAAGUU